UGAAACGUGAUAUAUAAAUCAGUAGUAAAAAGUUGCCAAAUCUAAAUCGAUAAUUUUGUUUAUAUCGAUUAUGACGAUAACCAAUCAUGAUUCUAGCAGAGAACGCAUAUUAUUCUACAUUCUGUGACAUAUAACAGACGCCGGGAAGCUGUCUUGAAUUUCUAUUACUAUAAAGUGUGUUUUCCAAUUUUCUUUCAUUUUUGGAAAAACUUAACUUAAGUUUAAGUUCUAUUUAAUUGAAUUUAUUUGAAUAUAGUAUAAUAAUAUGUCCGACGAUGAGGACCUUCAAUAUGUUAAAAGGCAACGCACCCUUCAUUAUGGUUCCCUUGAGGAAGUAGAGAGAAAGCGCCUGGCUUUAUCUGCUGCUGGCGCUCCAGCCACAUCAAUUGCCACCACUUCUGGUGGAGUUACCAAUCAGCUUGAAGAUAUCGAAUCCGACGAAGAUUACGAGGAAGUGAAGAAACCUUCUGCACCAGCUCUACCGCCGACGUCAGGCGCUUUAGCGAAUAAGAUUGAUGACGAUUACUUUGAUCUGGAAACUGAAGUGGCUAAAGAUAAAGAAGCGUUGCUUAAAGAAUUUGAACGUAAGAAACGCGCACGACAAAUAAAUGUUUCCACUGAUGACGCGGAAAUAAAAGCUAACUUGCGCCAGUUAAAUGAGCCGAUUUGCUAUUUCGGCGAGGGACCAGCUGAAAGACGCCGACGUUUAAAAGAGUUAUUGGCCAGCUUAGGAGAGAACGCGAUUAAGCAAAAACAAACGGAAGAAGAAGAGCGCAAACAACUUCAAAAAGAGCAAGAAACAACUUGGUAUCACGAAGGUCCCGAAGCGUUACGCAUAGCCAGAAUUUGGAUAGCCGAUUACUCACUGCCGCGUGCCAAAGAUCGAUUAGAACAUGCUCGUUCUCUCCUGGAUAUACCAAGUGCGACACGCGCUGGCCGUUUGGUAGAGCUACAAAAGCGCUUGCAAUCACUGGCGCCGCAGUGUAGUCAAGUGGGUGAUACGCGCCCUGUUAGUGGGGUGGCAUUUAGCGAUGAUUCCAAACUGCUAAUGACAUCUUCAUGGUCGGGACUAUGUAAGGUGUGGACAGUGCCCGAUUGUAAGCAAUUGUUAACGCUGCGUGGGCACGCAAGUUAUGUUGGUGGUGUUGCCUUCAGACCAGGCGUAACGCAAGACGAUGGAAAUGUAGUGGCAAUGGCUUCGGGUGGACAUGAUGGCGCGGUUAAGCUGUGGGGAUUUACAUCCGAAGAAUCACUGGCAGAUAUUACCGGCCAUAUGCCACAUAGAGUAUCUAAGUUGGGAUUUCAUCCAUCUGGUCGUUUUCUAGCAACAGCUUGUUACGAUUCAUCAUGGCGUCUUUGGGAUUUGGAACAAAAGACAGAAGUUUUGCAUCAAGAAGGACAUGCCAAAGCUGUACACUGUCUUAGUUUUCAAAUUGAUGGAAGUGUUAUCGUAACAGGUGGACUUGAUGCUUUUGGACGCGUAUGGGAUCUAAGAACUGGUCGCUGCGUAAUGUUCCUGGAAGGUCAUUUAGGGUCGAUAUUCGGUGUAGAUUUUUCACCUAAUGGUUUCCAUAUAGCAACUGGUUCUCAGGACAAUACUUGCAAAAUUUGGGAUUUACGCCGUAGGCAGCCAGUUUAUACAAUACCAGCGCACACAAACCUCUUAUCGGAUGUUAAGUAUCAGCGAGAUGGUGGCAGCUUUCUAGUGACUUCCUCCUAUGAUUGCUCAACAAAAAUAUGGUCAAACAAAACAUGGCAGCCUCUUAAAACGCUCUUGGGUCAUGAUGGAAAAAUUAUGGCCGUAGAUAUCUCACCAGAUUCACAACACAUUGUAACGGCAUCUUUCGAUCGUACCUUCAAGUUGUGGGCAACGGAAAGCUGAUGUUGAGCUUGUAUUAGCACUCGUUUGGUGGCUUACAUCUCAUAGUUUAGGUUUUCAGUUAUCAUUAACAAAUAACAUAUAAAAAGUUAUGUAAUUUAUUUAUGUCACACUGUUGAAUAUGAUACGAAAUGUUAAUAUUGUUAAACUCAAUACCGUUUUAUCACUUCGCAAUGCGAAUAUAAAUUUUUUUGUCUCUGAAUUCAAUGACAAUAGACCUAAACUUUUUUACGGAAGACUGUUGAAUUAGCAAAAAAUAAAUAUAUUCAAAUCUUUUACCUAAAUCUUUAGUUUGAAAACGUAAAUGUAAUUGUACGUUUUAAAUACAAUAAAAAAUGGUGUUUUGG